AUGUAUGCCAUGACAGUAAUUGGUACCGCGGCGCGACUGAACCAGUAUAUUGAGGGGCAUAGCACCAAUGGGUAUCUUAUUGAGGACGGGUUCGAAUGCAUGAAAAGGCAUGAGGAGAUGCCAGAAAAGAAGCAGGGAGGCCUGCUCCAAAAUGUGCCCCCGAAUCUGUCCUCUACUCAGAGCAUCAAGCCUCCGGCCGGCGCUUCUAACUCCCCAUCAGAGGUAGCUCCCUACGACGCCAGCUACCCUCGCCCUGGAUUAGAGUAUGCAUCCUACAUGGUCAACUAUGGUUCUGGCCACACCAGCUCUCGAGCAGGCUCGGCUUUAGAGCCUCCUGACUACAAAGUCAGCUAUGCACCUUCCGACGUUGGUUGCUCUGGCUCUACCGCUACCUCAAUUCGGAUUAGAGGCGCUCCCUCCUCGCCCGCACGUUGUCGACAUUCAACAUGUCGAGCCGCUACAUGA